AUGUCGCUACAACGAAAGAAACAGAAACAGCCCGUCGAGGCCCCCGCAGCUCAGCGAUCAAACUCGUUCCAACAGUACCUGGACGACGAGCAGAGGGAUCAACUGGCAUCCGUCGGUAUGGGUAUUCGAAAGAGCGUUUCCGACGGCCACAAAACUACCGGCAAUCACAAUGCGUCGCUUCGACACGAGAGCUUCACUCCUGUUGCUGACGUGCAGAACCCACUGCGAGGAACGUACGGUCCUGCCUCAUCUCUCGGAGGAUACAUCACCAAGUCGUUUUCUGCUGCUCCAGAACUCGGUCUGGGGUCUGCUAACAAGGACCGAGAGGUCAAGGGAUACAAGGGAAUCGGUGCGGAAAGAUACAGCUUGAACCGCAACAAGCCAUUGGCAGCAAUGCCACAGCGAAAGAAGCGAGGCCGAAGCGAGACUGAGAAGGGAUCCGACGAUGAAAGCGAGAAGGAAGUGGAGGAGGUGGACGACGUGGGAUUCCCUAUCAUCAAACUGCAGCCUCGAGAAAGUUUUCAGGACUGA